AGUAUUUUCAUAGAGCGAUCUGGUGUGACAGGUCAAGCAAAUAGUUUUACAGUGUCGGCCGGCUAGAUUUCAGAAAGGUGACUUUAAUUUUGGAACUCUUCGACUUGACUAACAGAUUUGUGAUAAGGCGUAAAACUUUGUGAACGCUCAUCAUGGCGUUCACGCCGCGUACAGAACCGAUCGAGAAUUACUUCGACAUUUACGAUGAAAUCGGAAGAGGGCAGUAUGCAGUCGUAAAACGGUGCAGGGAAAAGGCAUCUCAAAAGGAAUACGCUGCUAAGUUUGUUCGUAAACGAAGGAAAGGCAAGGAUUGUCGAGCUGAAGUUUGGCAUGAAGUUGAAAUCCUGAGCGCGACGAAUUACCCUAACCAACAUCCACAAAUUAUCACUUUGUACGAUGUCUUCGAGACGAGAAGCGAAAUCAUACUCAUCUUAGAACUCGCUCUUGGGGGAGAUUUGCAUCGGCACUGCAUUGCGUACGAUAGCGACGAACCAGCUUCGAGUAGAAGCGAAAGAGAAGUUGUUUUCCUCCUCAGGCAGAUUCUGGAAGGUGUCAAACAUAUGCAUGAACAAGACUAUGUUCAUCUAGACAUCAAGCCAAACAAUAUUCUUCUAAUGACAGAACAUGCUUACCCUGAAAUCAAGAUCAUUGAUUUUGGAUUGGCAAGGCAGAUAAAGGAUGGCGAACAGAUUUGUUUGAUAGUUGGAACACCAGAGUAUGUUGCACCUGAAAUACUUGAAUUUGAGCCUGUUGGAAAACCAAGUGACAUUUGGAGUAUUGGAGUUGUUGCCUAUGUCAUGCUGACUGGGCUGUCGCCAUUUGCUGGAGAUGACAAACAAGAAACAUGUUACAAUGUGUCCCUUGCUGCUGUAGAAUUUCCAGAGGAAUAUUUUAAGAACAUUUCACACACAGCACAAGAUUUCAUUAAGAGGCUUCUUCAAAGAGAUGCAGAUGAAAGGCUCUCGGUUCAAGAAUGUUUAAAUCACCCCUGGCUAAAUACAGAGGAACUUUUUCAGCGAAGUCCUAUACGGAAGAGUAGACGGUCAUACAGUUCAGACCAAAAUAAAAAGAGAAAAAAGCUUAAAAAAAUGCAGCAGCAAAAUGGAGUCACUGAUGAUAAAUCACUGGCUGUUGUAAAUGGCGAUGGUUCAAGAUGAGACAACAUCACAAGCACUGCAUUAAUGAUCUGCAAUGUCGCAGCAUUAGUGCAACAGUGGCCUGAAUGCUGAUCGAACAAAUCAAUCCUGCAGUGUUGUAAAUGCAAAAGACUUUAUUUAGUUUUAGGAACUAUUAAUAAUAUUUUAUUAGAAAUUAUGCAAAUUACAGGCAUGUUUCAAUGUAAAAGGUUGUCAGAAAUGUUAUAUUUGAAGAGAUAUGUUCCUAGAUGGUCAGUGAAAUGCAGUUGCAUUGGCUAACCAAGGUGAAAUCCAACCAUGACACAUACAGCUACCUGUGAAAUCAGGGGCCUACUUAACAACUAAACUUCAAGAUAGCACUAGCUACCCUCUGUUUUCAGGCAAACUGUCCAAGGAUUAACAUUAGAAUAGUUUUUCUGAGGCUCUGACUGGUUUGAAGACUGGAAACAACAAUUUUGUUGCCAUUUUGUUACUUUUAUUGUAGAAAUGCCUUUUAAGGCAAUACAUUUAACUUUGUCAGUUGCUUUGAAUAUUACUAGCCUUGUCAAUUGCUGUAAAGGUAUACCAAGGUGCAGUAUGUUAUAUAUUUUAUGAUGUAAUCUUUAAGGAAUGACACCCAUUAUUCCAAAUUUAUAAAUUAUUGGUGCUAAAUGUUCUUGUGUACAGAUAAUGGUGUCACCAUCUCAAUUCUGAUUGGCUAGAACCAUGCAGCUAAAUUCUAGCCACAGUUGUUUCUGUUCUUGCAUUUCUGCUGACAGUAGUUUUUAUAGUCAUGUAAAAGUGACAUCAUACUGACGGAAUAUAUUUUUAUACAUGUAUAAGUAUCAUCAUAGACAGGUUAUAGUUUUAAACAAGUAUGAGACAGUCAAUGGAGUUGAUGCAUGCAUGAUAGCAGGAAUGUUGAAGGCCCCAAUUCAGCCAUGCCAGAUAACAUGAGCCUUAGCUUUGAUAAAUCUUGCUGUCAUGGUAGCCUCAUCCAAUAAUUGGAAUUUACUGAAACAAGUGAGGCGUGGGGUUUUAACCCUUUAACUCCCAGAAGUGAUCAACAUGUAAUUUUUCCUUGUAAUAUCCAUGCAUUCUCCAGCAAACUGGUAAUGAGAAUACUCAAACUUAUCAGGUUGAUGUUUCAAUCUAACACCAAAUUCUUAUAACCAAUUACAACCAGAAUUAACCAUCUGAUCUUGGGAGUUACUGGUUAAAUGCCUAUAGCAUUGCCUUCAACAUGGCAUCUUUUCAGUUGGUAAAAAGGACAAACAGUAUUGAAAAUUGUGGACUGUAUUUGACGAGCUGUAUAGUGCAGGAAAUAAUUUAUUAAAGCUUAUUUUUUGGUUUA